CUUGUCUGCCAGCUGUUUAGCGACGUGGUGCCAAAGACUUGCCAGAAUUUCAAAGGCUUGUGUGCAGGCACAAAAGUAGACGGUGGGUUUGGCACUCUGACUUACAAAGACUCGGUUUUCCAUCGCAUCCAGCCUCGUGGCUGGGUCCAAGGUGGAGACAUUGUGGAUGGUGCUGGUGAUGGCGGCCGCUCCAUUUUUGGAGACACGUUUGAAGAUGAAAACUUUGCCAUCCUGCACGACCGCCGUGGGCGUCUGGGCAUGGCGAAUAAUGGCCUUCAUUCAAACGCUUCGCAGUUUUUCAUCUCCUUCAGCGCACUGGAAUGGAUGAACACCAAAUAUGUGGCUUUUGGGUACGUUUGCUUGACACGGUUCGCAAUGGACUUGGAUUUUUAUGGAUUUGACUGUCUUUUUCAUGCGCUCGGCGCAUUCGAAAAAUGGUGA